GCGUAACACUGCCACUCCCGAUCGAGAGAAUUAGCACGUUUCAUUUAUUGCCAGUUCAACCUUCACGUUGAUAAAGGACUUUGUCCGAUUGCAGUCUCGGGCGCCUGGCCUGGCCACGAGGGUUAGAAGCGCCAGGCUUAUGCUUUACUGCAGUUGAUUGCUUUCCAGUACCACCACAGCACCGUGGCUCCUGGUACUACCAGGGAGGAUCGGCCCUAGAACCAAGCGAACCUACUGGUACUUUGACCACCGAUAUGCCUACAGGUACAUUGUAUACCCAAUCCACUCAGUGCAGAGAAUCAGGCAACUCCCUUCCACUGUAGGUACUGUACAUGUAUGUGUACUUGUCCUUUGCUACUCGCCAGAAGAACGGGCUUAGACAUUCCAUCAUCAAUGUUAACCGUUCGAGCUUUAUGAUCCGGUAGCCGAUGUGAAGACAGAUCCGAGCCUCUCACUGACUGGAGAGGCUCCCAUCAUUAAAGGAUUGAUGUCACUUCCCGGGUGCAGCUGAGGUGCUAGUCUCUACAUUCACGCCCUCGCCGGCAAAAUCAUGAUCGCUCUCAGUCUGAUAUCUGCAACCUGCAUCUGAAGGACAGUUCGCCGUCAAUAAUCGCAGUACUCCAGUGCACAUACAACUGCAGGCAGUACUAGUUGUAUUCCCUGAACAGUGCAUGCAAGUUCAUGAGAUACCUAGUACUUAGGUAGGUAGAGUCCCCAGACGGCCAUCAAAAGCGGCGGGACCCGAAUGCUUGGCAGGUCCCGACCAGCGCCGGCAAAUGUAAACACUCCAGGACUGGCACUGGCUGCAUUGGGGAGACAGCCCGCGAUCCAUGCCAAAGCAGGUCUGCGAAAGUACAACAACCUACCAACAAACCUCUGCCCCAACCCACGCAGACACGGGUUGCGCGCGGUUUCGAAUCACUCGUUAGCGGAAGCAUUCUUAAAAUGAAAGUCGACCACAAUUGAUACCGACGCAAGCGCAUGCGCCCAACAUCGCAAGUGCACGCGAAGCACCCGCGUCCUCGCUCCUCACCUAUCCCCGAACAAGUAUGCUCGUCGCUCGCCAGCCGCUACAUCCACUCCCGAUGUCAUCCACCCAAAGGCCCGAUCGAAGGUUAAGCGCACGGCUACAGGAAAAGGGUGAGCCGCCAGAACUCGUAACCCGGCCGCCGGUCAAUGGAAAUGCUGGCGUCCAUGGGAGUGCGCCAGAGACGCGACGCGCCCAAGUCUCCGGAAGCGCGGACGACAGGAAAAGGAAGAUGGGCUACGAUGAGGAAGAUGAUGGCUUCCAGUUCAAGCGCGUCAAAAAGAAGAAAUCCGAAAGCGUCAAAGUCAAUCCUACGAAAUCUAACGAAGAGGCACGAACUACCGUGCCGCCAGCUCGAGAUCUGCCAGAAAGCGCAAGGCCGCCGGUAGAAGAAGAGGACCUCAAAUCAAAAGCCAAGAGGAGACGGACCACCCGGCUAUCAUUUUCAACUCCUAAGUCAAGAGAAGAUGCUCCUGUGCGUCGCUCGAAGAGGCUAUCGCGCGAUCAUGAACAAAGAGAUGGAAGUCCGAGCAAAAAUAUAGCAGACGGCCACCGGCAUAAAUGGAGGCAGCCUCCAGAAGAACGCCCCGCCAAGCAAACAGAGGCCGACAAUGCGGUCAGGCCUACAGAGCCGAAGCAACAUCUUAUUGAAACAGGGGCUGAUCAAGUUGGAAAGGGCCAUGGAGGAGAAAAUGUCCCCACACACCAGGAGGAUUACUCUGCCACCAAAAUAGCCCUUCCAUUCGCCGACACACCAGUCAUAAAGAGGAAUAAAGCCAUGCGCGAAGGAAAGGCCGGCAAGGGCGAAAGGAGAAGCAGUUUAAGUCUCCGAGGGCGGAGAGCCAGCUCGCUAAUUGAGACGGGGAACUCCAAUGCUCUUCCGCACAAAGAAGUUGAGGUGCAUGAUUUCUAUAAACAUAUCGAGAGCGAAGGCCUUCCCGAACCGCGACGGAUGAGGCAGCUGCUCACUUGGUGCGCCACACGAGCCCUUGACGAGAAAGUCAUGGGGACGGGAUUUGAGGAUGCAAGCGCUCGGGCAGCCGCCCGCGUCGUGGAAGAAGAGCUACUGAAGGAUCUCUCAAACAAGUCGGAGUUGUCUGACUGGUUCAAUCGCGAGGAUAUUCCUGUCCAGCAAAAGCCCCUUCCCGAAAGACCCAAUCCCAAAAAUCUUCAAAAUAUCGAAAAGAUCGCCGAGUUAGAAGAACAGAUCAAACGACUUCGAGCAGAAAAGGAUGCAUUGGAAUCAUUAUUGGAACCACCUAAAGUUCCUCGUUUGAGCGAGCUUGAUGCGCCUACGGGACCUGAAGACCAAUCACUGGAUAAAUCGCUACUCUCUGAUGCCGAUAUUGCAGCACUCGAAGCAUCUGCUGCUGCCCGCGAGACCUCGUUUGGACAAAUAUCCGAACGGCUAAAUCGACUUUAUGAAUCGUUGAGUCCGACGGUCGAUACUUUUGCGGACGGCAUCCAUGCGAUCGGUCAGUAUCGCCAGGCCGCGGAUAAUGUAGCGGGCAGGGUGUUAUCGCUAUGCGCCCAAAGACUUGCUCAGCGUGAGCACGAAGGGAGAAAGAGGGUGUUAUCCGGAACAGAGGGCACUCCCCCAAAAGACCUUGGCGGCGUGUUACGCAGUCUGAGUCGAGCGGACAGAUGAUGACGACGCUUUCAUGCCUGCUCUUUGGAUAUUCGCAUAUGAAUGAAUGCUUAAUGAACGUGCAAAAAGACACUACCAGUCUCGUGAACCUCGAGACAGGCCGUACAUUUCGUCUCAAGAGCUACACUAGUAUCUAGGAGUACUAGUCGGUGCAGCGGCUGGCGACAGGCACUCGUGAUAAGUACCUGGGUAGGUAGUAAGCUGCCCUGGUAAUACUACAGAGUCGCAGAUGGGACCGAAUUUGAAGUUAGGACUGAUACCUGCCGAGCCACUGGCAUUUCACAGCCUCGCUUCUUCAGCCACACGCGUCAUCGACAUGAAACAUUGUAUGACCUCAGAUCCUAGGUAGAUCCCUCCACUGCCAGUGUUCCCCGCUGUGCAACGCCAACUUGAACCUGACCAGAUCGUCGAAAGCCUCAGUGGCAGGCCUGCUAGAUGGCGGGUAAAGCUUGGUAAAGCCUUCAGUGAUUGAUCACCGAUUCAAGUUUGACGCACCUGCAACCAUCCGCGAACCACUUGGCGAAGGAACUCGCCAUCCAGUCGUUUGUAUGGAAGCUUGCCACACUCCAACAAAUGUACGUUGUAAAGCGUCAUGUCUCACGUACAACUUACGGGUAGGCCAUAUGAUCAACGCAGAUGCCCUGCUUUUCAUUCUGAAACAUUAAUAUUUUACCAUCGCUGCUUCCUUUUCCAAAGAAUAGUUCCAACAUCCUCCUACUAACUGGCAAGAAGCCCUUCUGACCUGCCAACACCACCACUGCUAGUAAUCACUUCUUACUUCAAGUUCACUGGCACUUUUGAUCCUCAUCACCACUGUGCUGCAUCUAGUACUGCUGUAGUAGUACACGCUUUCGUACUACAUACCUCAAGAUCUGACCGACUACCUACCAGCUUCGCCAAAAACAAAAGACGACACUCCAACAACAGUCUCGGAAGGCAUACAUUCCCCGUCACUUCUACCACACCACACUACUCCUACAACAGCUCUGGAAUCGCCGUCUUUGAGAUUCAUCACUCCUACGGUGCGAAGCAGACCACAACAAUCGAUUACAGCAUCUGCACCCGAACUCAACAUCUAGCAAUGCCUCUGCUCUACACGAAGAACUGGGGUGGUAAACAUGUCGGCGGUGGCGUCAAUGUCAGCCGUCACGGGGUGAGGAGGAACCCUUUUAGAAUCUCGCUUGGGCGGUUCAGCUGCUUCAGAUAAACGUCACAACUGCGAAUGGACUACCCAGCGCGUUAUCUUGUCUGGGAUUAUGGCCGAGGGAGAAAGGAGAGGGGAGGAGAGAUGAGUCGCGGGGGCGAAGAAAACCUACUACAACGGCAUAGUGUUAUGGUGAUUCGGGUAAGCAAGGCUACAGUAUGCUUUGAGAAUGGUCCAGGAAUGAGCCUGGCUAGAAAUGACGACGAUAUGAUUAUAGGAGGGCUUGCUGAAGAGGGAGCAUGGCUCACUACAAUCCAUUCUGUGCUUGCAGUGUAUAAUACCUCGAGCUUCUCCUUAACCAAGUAGUUCGUGUUCCCAAGGAUAACCAUCUCUGUUGCCCAGCUCUGCAGCGAGAACGCGGACGACUCCCUAGGUGCCAUUACCGCUGAGAGGUAAAAUGGUCGUACUGCUUUUGCAUGUCUUGAUUCGUACUUGAUUCAGCUGGUCCAUCAUGAAAUCCG